UAAAAAAAAAUCUCAUUUUUAGCAAACUUUUGAGCUUUCUUGACAAUGGAGGGCUUGCUUCUUCUCCAAACCCACCAAUUCAGAACGCUAUUAUCAUGAUCUUUUAAUAGCUUGAUUCUUUGUAUCCCCCAUACUCCAUCAGCUCUCUGACGCAAUCCCAUUCUUUCUCAGAGGAAUGGAUUGUGGAUUGGAUCCCCAGAUGAGCAACACCUCGGGAGCUGAGUCUCUGAUGGAGAUGGGAUCUGGACUUUUUGGGUGCUCACAUUACAGAAGAAGAUGCAAGAUCAGAGCACCUUGCUGUGAUGAAAUAUUUGAUUGCAGGCAUUGCCAUAACGAAUCCAAGAAUUCAUUAGAAGUUGAUCCUCUAAACCGACAUGACGUUCCUCGGCAUGAAGUGAAAAGGGUCAUCUGCUCAUUGUGUCAUGCAGAACAAGAUGUAAGCCGCCUCGUUAAAAAUCUUUGGGGCUACAUUUAUCACCAGUCCUUGUUCAACAAAAAUGCAUUCAGUGCGGGGUUUCCAUGGGGAAGUAUUUUUGCUCAAAAUGCAAAUUUUUUGAUGAUGAUAACUGGGGGCGAAGAAAACUUUUUUCAUUGCAAUAAAUGCGGCUGUUGCUACUCAAGGUUGAUGAAGGAUUCACAUAUUUGCGUGGAAAGAGCAAUGCACCAUAACUGCCCUGUCUGCUUUGAGUAUCUUUUUGAUACAACAAAAGACAUGAGUGUCUUGCCCUGUGGGCACACUAUUCACUUGCAAUGCGUAAAGGAGAUGGAACGGCAUUUCCAGUACUCGUGUCCUGUUUGUUCCAAAUCAUACUGUGACAUGUCUCGCGCUUGGCUGAAGCUUGAUCAGGAGGUUGCUUCAAUGCCCAUGCCUGAAAUGUAUGAAAAUAAGAUGGUUUGGAUCCUUUGCAACGACUGUGGGGAGACAUCUGAGGUAAAUUUUCACAUUGUGGCACACAAGUGUGUGAAGUGCAACUCUUACAAUACAAGGCGGACACGAGGAGGCCCCGCUUCUUGUUCAUCGAGAAUUUAGAUGGUGAGAUGGUUUUCUACUGAAAUUAAGUCUUGGGAAAUAAUUUCUUUCCCGAGGAAGGGCAGGCUUACGUUCCUUGAUUAUUUACUGAUUUAUGUCUGUAGUUUUGCCCAUGUGGUACUUGGGCAAUCCGGUGACCCCUCUUGCUUAGUUACUGUUUCGCUUUAACAUAAAACUGAACGAUUUCUCUUCCUUGCAAAUGUUGACCUCAAUCUGAAGUCAAAUAAGUUCAAUUUCAUUUAUGACUACUUGGAAUCAAACUUCUGGAAUUGUAGUUUUUUGUUUCAA